AUGGAAGAAUCUUUCCGCCCUUCUCAAUACGAGCAGCCUGCAGAUGGCGUUGAAUAUGCUCCAAGUGAAGAGAAUGACAUGCUAAAUCAGCUUACUCCCCCCUCCAUGAGUGAACAAAACCAUUAGAAAAAUCCCUAUUUUUUUCACAAAAACCCACCUCCGUGAGCGAACAAAAAUGUUUUUAAUAGAAAAAUUUUUUUAUGAGAAAAAUAAUUGAUAUAUAAGUGAUAAUUAUUAUAAUGAAAUCUUUAGCUAAUUCUGUUUAAUUUUAUAAAAUUUGCGUUUUAAAACAUAAAUUUUAUAAAUUAAAUUAAUAUUUGCUUUCCAAUUUUUGCGAAUUAGGAUUUUUUUAAAUUUUGAAAAAAAUUAACCCCAUCCGUUAGUGGGCAAAAAUUUUGGUUCACUCACGGAGGGGAGGAAGUUAGAGAUAAAGUGAGAUCCCAAGCUCAAAGAUUACGAGGACUUGAGCAAUAUCGAGCUCUAUGCGAAGAAAGAAUCCAGCAACUCAGCCCAGGACACCCAAUUCCGCUUAAGCCUGAACAUCUAGGAACGAAUUUAAAUUCUCAAAAUUCUCAAGAACUUCAUCUGGCCAAACAAAAGAUUGCAAAACUAGAACAGCAAUUGGCUCAGCAACAAAUCAAAGUCCCAUUAGCUGAAAACUAUACGUUUCCCCCACCAAGCACACAAUUGACACUAAAUCAACUGCAAGAGCUGUAUUCUGCAAUAUAUUAUCAGCAUCAUGAUACGAUCAAAGAGAAAAAUGCUUUGGAAGAGUCUUUGAGGGCCGAAAUGCUGACCUCUGAAGAACAACGAACAUACAUCGAAGUCCUGAAACAAGCAUUAGAGACAAGAAUGGAAGAUCUUGGUUAUGUUGGGACCACUGAUGAUUUUGCUGAAUUCGCUCAGUCAAAAACAAAAAAUGAUAAAAACAGAAGAGAAAAUUCAAAAUUAGCCGCUACAAUUGAAAACCAAGAAGAAAAACUAAAACAAAUAUUGGAUCAACUAAGGGAAAAGUCAAAACAAUGUGAAGCAUAUGAAAAUGAAAGGCAAAUUUCAGAUAAGCAUCUGCAAGAAGCUGCAGAUGCCUUACAGUUUGCUGAGGAAGAGGUCGAGAAAUUGGAAGAAGAAAAAGCUGCAUUGCUAGAGUAUGCUGACCAAUUAACUAGCAAAGAAAAGGAAUAUCUUGAAGAAAUAGAAAAUAGUCAUCGAGAAAUAGCAGGAAUAAAAGAAAAUUUAGGAAAAAUUGGGAAUGAGCUCAAGAUUGAAAUCGAGAAAAGAAAUUCCUAUGAAAAUGAGCUGGAAAAAGUAAAACAUGACAAAGAAAAAUUAGAAAACGCCUGGAAAUUGUCUAAGGAAGAGUUUAAAGAGGUUGCGGAUCUCAAAGAUCAAUAUGAAAAUGAGCUCAGUGCCGUUAAAGAACAAUUGAAAGCAAUUUCGAAAAUUAACGAGGCAUUGCAGGCUAAUAAUGCUACAUUAAAUAACACACUGAAAGAAACACAAGCAGAAAUGGAUGCUUUACAAGUAGAGCAUGAUGAGGCAAAAUCUGAAGCUAAAAAAUUGCGCAAAAAUUUAGAAAAUAUAGAGAAUAAAUUAAAAGACAUUAAAAAAUCAAGAGAUGAGAAAAUCCAAGAGCUUGAAGAAACCCUUAUCUUCAAAGAAAAAGAGCAAAAACAACUAAAAGAAACAUUAAGCUCUCAAAAAGACGCAGAAGUCAGGCAAUCGAUCAAGCAGCUUGAAAAUGUCCAGCAAGAGCUACAGAAAUCUUGGACUGAGUACCAGUCUGUCCUUAAGCGUGAACUUGCCUUGUCUAAAGAAACAAAUGAGCUUAAAAAGCAAACUCUUACAAUGCAAGAAGAAAUUGAAAAACUUAGUUCUGAAAAUUUACAGCUUACAAGCGGCAUUUCUGAGCUUAAAAACACUUUCAAUCAGACAAAUUCUCAUUUAUUCGAAGUUUCUCAAGAAAAAAGCGAAAUGGAAGGAGAAAUAAAUCGACUAACAGCUGAAUUGAAAAAAGAAAUAGAAAGCAGCGAGCUGCUUAAGGCAGAAAAUGAGUCAAUUAAAAAUAUGGCAGGAAACCUAAAUAGUUCCCUUCAGCAGACCAAUGAACUUUAUAGAGACAGGGAUAUGAGGCUGCAAAACUCUUUAUAUGAAAUUGAUUCUUUAAAAUCUCAGCUAAAAAGCACUCGGGAUGAAAUCGAAAGAGAAAUCUUUACUAAAAAGCAGUAUUAUGAGGAGCUUUGCAGAUAUAAAAGCGAAAUAAGCCUUAUUGACUCACAUAAUAAAGAAAAUGAGAAAAUAAAGGAAAGUAUCAGAAAUUGCUGCAAAAUCAUCUCAAUCUUUACAAGUAACUUUGGAGCUAUCAGUGCAGCUACCUCUGCAUAUGGAACUGUCGUUUCUUCCCAAUUCAAAGAUCUGAUUGUUAAGUGGAAUGCCAACUCACUUGAAGACGUCCAAUUUAUUGGGGAGUGGCUUCACUUAUCUUGUGAAGAACUUGAAGCACUUAUAAGAAGACUUUCUGAUGCAAAACAGGACUAUAAUUAUACUACCCAAAAACUUGGAAGCACACAGCAGAAAUAUGAUGCUUUGUCAGUUGAUGAAAUGGCACUUAGGAAUAGAGAACAAAAUUUAAGAGAGCAAGUAGCCGCUUUAAAUAAUGAAAAAUCAAAAUUUUUAUAUGAAAAUGAGACAAGUAUCAAUAAAAUCCGCUCUCUUCAAGUUGAGCUUAAUAGCCUUAAAAAGGACUACCAAGCCUUAUAUGAAGAAAACAUUCGUAUGAAAGAUCAGCUGAAGCUCUCUACUUCUGAAAUUAGCCAGUUCAGAAAUACAGCUGGCAGUGACUCCUUCUCAAUCCGCGCAUCUGAAGAAAAGACCAACCUCCUCUUAAAAGAAAAAAAAGAGCUAGAAAGUUUACUAUCAAGACUCCAACGUGCAGUCCCAUCCCAGGACAUCCAAAGGAUUUUCCUCGACAUCAUGAAAAGCCAUAGUGAGAUCGAAAUUUUGAACCGUGAAAAACUUCGCAUUGAAAACCAACUUCUCCGUUCAGAGUCAGAAAUGAGAAGCCUUGCCAGGUCUAGCCAGCAAGAAAAAGCUAUUCAAGUCCGCAAAGAGGUCGAAUCUUUACGAACUCAGCUAAACAACUGUGACUCUCAGAUUCAGUCCCACAAAAGGCUAGAUUAGAUUAAGUUCUAGAAGGUCUUAGGGGAUUAUUUCAGUCCCUCGCCGCUCCAUCAUGGGCUUUGCUCAAGUGGCCCUUAUGCUCUAAGGAUACGAAAGAAACACCUACCACCUCCUAUACUAUCUUGCCCAAUUAGGUAAUAAUUGCUUCCCAAAGUGGGAGCUUUGAUUUUUCGCCUGUGGGACAGUAAAAAAGCCUAUCAUGGAGUCUUGAUCAGGUAAAACCCAGAACUCCUAAAAAAGGGAUCCACUCACCUGAGGCUGGGAUCAGCUCACCAGUCACUCCGGACCUUUCUCAAAUCACUCUUUUAAAAAGUUCCUACAAAAGAAGAAUGUUUAAUAUGGAAGAAGAGCUCAAAGAAAUAGAAACAAUUGAAAGGAGACGACAUGCGAUUUCACUAGAAACAGAAAGAGCUUAUGUUGACGUAGAGUCGCGCAAGGACAUCCAUUCAAGCCAUGACAAAACUGAGACAAAAGACCAAUACCUUUCUAGGACUUUUGAUCCAGAAAUGUCAUUUUCACAUUAUGAGACGAGAUUUACUGAUUACGACCCAGAAAACAAGCCUUCUUUGCCGCAUUUUGAUAAGCUCAGGAGGUCUAAUAUUGAUUUUUAA